AUGGAUCCAACCAACAAGCCCCAGGGACCCUCUCCCCACUACUCAAUGUACCAGCGCGAGAUGUUUCGUCGUGGAGGCGAGCAGGGCAUUCUUCCAUCCUUCUCCGUGCAUGCAGAGGAACUCGCGGAAUCGACAAAGAAGACCCUCAAUAACCGCGGGUACUUCUACGCAAACUCGAACGCUGGGCUCGGCUGGACAGAUAAAGCCAAUAAAGAAGCCUUCUAUCGCUGGCGUAUCAUUCCCCGCGCUCUACGCGACACCAACACUCGCGACCUGACCACAACCAUCUUCGGCCAUAAGAUUCCGGCACCGAUCAUGUUUGCGCCUAUCGGAAUCAACAAGCUGUACAACCCACUCGGAGAGCUCGUUCCGGCAAAGAUCGCGGGAGAGUUGGGCCUUCCGUACUGCUUGUCGACCGCCGCUUCGCAACCCAUUGAGGAUGUUGCAAAGGCGAAUGACCAAGGCGCUUCCACCAAGAACGAGAGCAACAACGUACAUCAAUAUUCAGGCCCUAAUGGCGGAGAAGCGCAGAGUCCUCGCUUCUUCCAGUUGUACAUGGGUCACGACGACGAGAUUACGAUCAGCCUGCUCGAGCGCGCAUGGAAGAGUGGCUUCGACGUCUGCAUGCUCACCACGGAUACCUGGCAACUCGGCUGGCGCCCGACAGAUAUCAACAUCGCGAACUAUGUAUUCUACUACCCUGGCGCCGUCGGUAACGAAGUCGGCACAUCUGACCCCGCAUUCAUGAGCAAGUAUGGCGAAGAGCUCAAGAAAGACUCGGGAAAGUGGAUCGACUCGUCCGUCUGGCAUGGCAAGGCGCAUACCUGGGAGAAGAUACCGUGGGUGGUCGAGCAAUGGAAACGUAUCUCCGGGGGACGGCCGUUUGUCAUUAAGGGUAUCCAGUGCGCGGCGGAUGCACGCCGUGCGCUCGAGGCUGGAUGCGAGGGUAUCGUCGUUACGAAUCAUGCGGGCCGCCAGGUCGACGGCGCUGUCGGGAGUCUUGAGGUUCUUCCUGAGAUCGUGGAAGCCGUCGGCGACAAGAUGACCAUCUUGUUUGACUCCGGUAUCCGGACCGGAUCCGACGUCUUCAAGGCCCUUGCCCUCGGUGCUCACGCGGUCAUGAUCGGACGUUUGUACGUCUGGGGAAUGAGCCACGAAGGCGAGGUUGGCUGUCGCCAUGUCAUCAAAUCGCUGCUCGCUGACCUUGACAUCACCAUGACCGUCGCCGGGUAUCAAUCCAUUGACAAGGACGUUAGGGGCAAGGCGGGGGAGGUCCUCCGUUACAAUGCGUCUGGCGUCUACCCUGGGCCCGGCGAGCAUGCGAAGCUGUGA